AUGGCACCUAUCGCAUCGGCUGUUGUGCUGCCAGAUCCGGUACCUGCUGAACCAGCAUUAUCUCCGACCGCAAAACGACGAUUGUCAUCAGAACCCAUUGAGCCCUCGAAACGUGUGAGAACAUCGUCCGAGGAAGCCAAAAAUGAAAUUGCAGCGCCCUUGGAAACAUCGCCGGAAUCAGCGACACAAAACAAGCCUUCAACAGAUAAGCCUGUUGAACCCAGGACCGACAGACGGAAAGCGAGCGUACAAGAGGAAAGAAAGCGAGGCCAGAGAUUAUUCGGAGGCUUGUUAAGUACACUGAGUCAGACCGCACCGAAUACCCAAACAAAAAGGCGACUAGAAAUUGAGAAGAGGCAGCAGGAGAAGGCUAAACAGCAGAAGGCCGAGGACGAAAAACGAAGAGCGCGAAAGCGCGAAGAUCUAGUCGUGACGCGGAAGUCGGAGCAGAUUAAGUUUCAGGAAUCAGCGGUGCGAACACGACAUAACAAUAUUCUUGCGAUGGCACACUCCCUAUAUACAAAGAGCGAGCCACGAAUUUAUUAUAAGCCAUGGGAGCUAUUGCCUAGCGACGAAGAACGUAUCAAAUCACAAAUCACCGAAGCAGAAGCCCAAGUUAGGCAAGAAGAGGAUGAAUUUGCCAAUCGAUAUCCCCAAUACCCAAGAAAGAAGUCUUCUGUAGCUGACAAAACUAAUACCGAAUCCAUAGAGACGGUGGGUGAGCCUCAGAUCGAGUCUCCGUCCGUUUCUAAAUCUGUUGAUACUACUGACCAUACACCUGUACAAGUAAUUCAUGAACAGGAAACUGCUGAGAAAAGCUCUUUGGAAGAGCAAAAUGGUGAGGUAGUUGUUGAGAAUGAGGAGGAUACAGUAAUCUACUGA